AGGUUGUUGUUAUCAAAGGGAAUGUGAAGGCGAGGGAGGGGGAGGGGGAGAGGAGGGUGAGGGUUGAGGGGAGGGUGGAGGCGUUGGAGGGGGGAGCUGUGUUUGUGGGGUGUGAGGGGGUGUUUGCGGUGCCGAGGAGGCCGUUGCCGAGGUGAGUUGGAGUGAUGCCUUGGACGAUACAGGUACGUAGAGUUUGAAUAGAUCAGGACAGAACGAUAACAAUUGGUUCUUCCCGGUCGCUACGAGUUUCAUCUGAUGCUGCUAACCGGCUUGGCAGGGCACUGUCUUUCAUCCGCCGAGCUGGUUCAUUGCGGUCCGUUGAUGAGGUCUAAAACGCUUGGCAUCGCGUCGAGUUGCCUCCGUUGGCGACCAAACCCUCUACAAACAACGACUCUACAAACAGUAAAGCGACUCUACAAACCGACUCACGUCUACUCACGUCUACUCACGUCUAGAAUCCCUCUCCACUUAUCUAAGCAUGUUCUCAAUGCGCGCUAUCCCCCGCCGAGACUAGGGUGCAAACACAGCCAGGCAGAUCCGAUCAGCACGACUUCCCGUAACCUUAACCUUCUUUUGUCCCUCCUGGUUCUGAAGAAGCGACGCUGCCGGGUGCGAUCCAUGGGUAUCUGGCGACGGACCAGCCCAGCUGUCCAGAUCAACGGAUCGACUCCACCUUGCCAGCAGCGCACAUCUCCCAGCCUUAUCUCCCCGUCUCGCUGGCGCUGCAGUUUAAGGUAUGGACUAGGCAGCGCGACCAACGGACCUUAAACGAACACCCUGCGCUGCUGCACUGGGUUGUGUGCAUGUGCGCGCCAAGAACGAAAGCCGCCGCUCCACACAGACAGCCGGGUAAAAAUGCCUCAGCCAUCCCAUAUAUACUCCGCCCCC